AUGUUCUACAGCCAUGAAAUUCUCACGUCACCUGAGCACGGCGUGGCCACUAUAUGGCUCGUCGCGACUCUCGGCUCGCGGUCGAUCACUCGAAGACUCAACCGCAAGGCCAUCCUCGACGUGGAUGUACCCAGUGCCUGCAACGUCAUCGUGAACCCUGAAGCUCCCAUGGCGCUACGAUUGCAGGGUAGCCUGCUAUACGGCGUCUCAAGGGUAUACAACCAGCAGUGCGGAUAUACUCUUCUCGACGCGCAGACAAUGCGGGACAAGAUGGUCUCCAUGUUGAAGCAGCUACCAGGUGGAGGACUAGAUCCCAGCGCUGGAAAGACCAGACCUACCAAUCUCAUCCUCCCGUACGAUCCGACCUUCAUCCCCGAGACGGGCCUUCCAGGAUUAGACAUCAACUUCUCCUUGUUCGAUGGGUCGAUCGACGAUAGCUCGACGCAGCGGUCCGCUAGCUGGACCACGUCACCUGCUACCAGCCAGUCCGGCAAUUCGCAGGUUGGAAUUGUCCAGCUCGAUCUGCCAACGGACGAUUUCCUCAGAGGUGGGUAUGGGCAGGACCCAAAUGCGGAUACUCUUACCUCGGGGAAGAAACGAGGCAUCUUUGGUAGAGAAUCGCGGUCGGACCUUGAGGAUGAGGGUAUCCUGCUUCAGCCGGACUUUGAGUUUGAUGAGGAUGGGAACAUUAUCGAGUUUGAUACGAGCAAUAUGUCGCCUCGGAAGAGAAGGAAGACUAGCCCGCUUUCGAAAGCAGGGGAAGGGCCUACUGGUGAAGGGAUUCAAGAGGAUGGGAUGAUUGACAUCAAUGACGAGGUCCCGUUGCCGGGGGACGAGGCAAUGGAUAUCCAUGCUCAGUCUGGUCCACAAGAUACUGAGGGUAAUGACAUCUUGCCCGUGGAAGACCGUUUAAUGGCAGAUGGAGAGCUUGAGCGUACCGGGGAAGCACGCGCCCAGCAGAGAAUCCGACAAGCCAAAGUCAUUGAAUCGGACGACAGUACGACGUUGCGCAACACGGACCUGGCCAAGUGGAAUGAUGAGUAUGCAGCCAACAUGGCUCAAGCCCUAAAGCAGAAGAGGCAGAACAAAUUGCCAACUUUGGCAAAGAAGAACGCUGCCUUCUGGGUCUUUGGCGUGGGUAUUGGGUCGGUUGGUAUUGGCCUAGGUCAGCAUCGUGAAGAUGGCCCGCUCAAGGAAUACUCGGGCGAUACACUAUACAGCCUUCUAUCUAGGAAGAAAGUUACUCACCGAAUUGAAGACGAUGAAAAUGACGAAGAACAGACACACCGAGCGCUCGGCCAGUCCGGCAAAGCGCAGAGUCUCGAUGUGGAAAUCGGUCGACACGCCCCAUCCAGCGUGUACGAUGAUCGGUCUUCACAAAUGCCAUGGAACGUCUCAGCCUCCCUCCAGAGCUCGAUCCGAGGCCAGCGCUUCGGCAGCGUAUCCGGAUCGUCCGCUCGACCACGCGGUCGUCUAACCAGCGCCAGCCCGCUUGGCGGACGAAGCUAUGCCGACGGUCGCGAGCGCCACAGCAGCCUGUCCAUCCCCAAUGCAGGCGAUGAACUAGACGAGCUCGAGCAACUAGAUAUCACGCAAUACCUGGAAGGCGAGCUUGCCCCGGACAACGAAGAUAUCAGCACACUCACCGCGCGACAAAAGUCCAUGCUCAACCGGAUCACGUCCACUAUGGACACGGAGAGUCUAAACUUCUUGGACUUUAUUCAGACCAAGCUUGACGAGACUAAACUCACUUCUUCCACGCCAGGCCGCAUUGCGUUCUCGGAGCUACUCCCGCCGUCCGAGACUCCGCACGCCGUUGCCGCGCAUGGGUUCAUGAACGUGCUCACGCUCGCGACGAAGGGUGUUAUAGCCGUGUCGCAGGAGUUAACCACUGAUCUAGGAGCUUCCAGUUGGGGCAUUCGCUUCCAGAAUGGCGGUAUUUCGCUGGCAAUGGCUGGGAGUGGAAUGUGA